CGUAUGUUGCCAACACACAGAAUCAACAACCGCAACACGAGUUUCUUAAAAAUAUAUCCCCUCCCACAAUCUGGAAUUUUGUAUUCUGAGAAUAAAAAAAAAUCAUUCUAGAUGUUGUGGAGGAAGUGAGUGGGGCUGUAUUCGGGUGGCGAGAGGAUUUAGUCGACGGCGGAAACAAUUCAAAUUUCAAAGAUUACUGGAAAUUAAAAUGGAGCUGAAAUACACGACUCAGAAUUACGAUUGGGGAAUGAAGGGGAUGACUAGCUGUGUGGCAAGAUUACUUAAGGGAUCGAGCCCGGAUGCCGAAGUGGAGGAUGAAAAAACUUACUCUGAACUUUGGAUGGGGACUCACCAGAAUGGGCCUUCUUUCAUCAAAGAAACUGGCAAGAGUCUGAGGGAAUUCGUCGCAGAAAAUAAAGAAGUCUUGGGAGAAGCUGUUAGGAAGAGCUUCGGGGAUGAUCUACCGUUCCUUUUUAAGGUCCUGUCGGUGCGAAAGGCUCUGUCCCUUCAGGCCCAUCCUGAUAAAGAAAGGGCGGAGGCUCUCCACAAACUCUACCCUGAAAUCUAUAAAGAUCCGAAUCACAAACCUGAAAUGCCGAUAGCAUUGACGCCCUUCGAGGCCCUGUGCGGCUUCCGUCCAUUCUCCGAGAUCCAGAAUUUCUUGAAAACAAUCCCUGAGCUUUCCACAGUGAUCGGGGAAGAGACAACGAAGAAUUUAAUCGAGUCUGACGAGGCAAACUCGAAGGCUCAUCUACAAAAGUGCCUGAAUGGACUGCUCACUCAUCCACCUGACUCCACUGCCGAGAAGUUGAAGAGUUUUCUUGAUAGAUUAUCACAGAUGGACGAAUCUGGUAGAGAUGCACUGAAUGCCAGAGUUAUUGAGAAACUGUACGGAGAUUUUCCAGGAGACGUUGGCUGUUUUGGACUUUAUUUCUUCAACUACGUCAUUCUUCAACCUGGGGAGGCACUUUAUCUCGGUGCUAAUGAACCCCAUGCCUAUAUAUCCGGUGACUGCAUGGAGAUCAUGUCUUGUUCGGAUAACGUAGUCAGAGCUGGAUUGACUCCAAAAUUGAAGGAUGUCCCCACAUUGAUCGAGAUGUUGACUUACAAUUGUGAGCCCGCCGAAUCAAAAAAGUACAAAGCAAUCAAAGAGGACGAUUUCACGGAAGUUUUCAGACCGCCAAUUAAAGAUUUCGCUGUCGCGAAGAUCGAACUCCCUCCUGGCACCCCAUCAUACCAACUGCCUCCACGAACUUCAGCUGGAAUAUUAAUAAUAAUCGAAGGCUCAGUGGAAUUGAACUCUCAAGUCUACGCCUCAGGCUCUGUCCUAUUCAUCAAAGCAAAUGAUCAAUUGAACUUGAAUAUUCUGACGAAGGGCGGUAGCACUCUCAUGUUCGAGGGCUUCGCCAACGUUUGACGAAGUCAGAAACAAAACAUUCAGUCAUAAUCCAUAAAAAAUACGUUUAUCCAAUUUUUAAUUAAUCAGCUAAGUAAAGUAAAAAAAUUCUAUUAACAUCACGAGCUUCCAUUUUCCCAUGAGAAAAAUCCGAAGAGAUGGUGAGGAAGAUGGAAUACUAGCUGGAGUCGUCUGAUGCCUCCUUCGGUGCCUCGGGGGGCUU